AUGACGCUUCAGUGCCCUGGCGAUCCCGGAGGCGAUCGUCGACCCAGUUCGUCUCCCGAUCCGAGAUCCAGCUCUAACCAGACUCAAGUUCCGAUUCCCGCCCAGAUCCUUGUUCCUACGUCCCCAGAUACCCAGGUCCGAUACCCCAAAGACCAAAAACAGAGAGUAAUAGCCCCUGUUCCUACAUACCCAGAUACACAUGUCCGAUACCCCAGAGUCCAAAGCGAGAGAGUGAAAGCCCUUAAGCUUUUCCGCCAAAAACAAAUAGAGAAAACUGAGAGAGUGAGAGAAGGGAUCAAGAAGCUAGCGACCCUUUGGGAGGCAUCCAAAGCUAAUAUUCAAGAGGCGAUUACUGCUGCAGUAACCCAGAGAACAAAUGCAGGUGUUAAAGCCAGCCCUGAUAGCAGAGGAGGAAAUGAUGAAACGCCCAGAAUCGAUGAGCACGACUGUGGAGCAAUUGCCGAGAGCAAUGAAGGUAUUCAUGCAUCCAUUAACAGGGCAUCACAGGGGCCUUCAAAAGGGGAGGCUGCAAGGCAGAGGAUCCACACAGAAAGAAUCCAUACUCCACUCAGUUUGCCUCUGCCCAGUGUGUGUUCGACCGUUUGCCUGAUGGACGGCACCCACGGAAAGGAGGUGGAGGAAGAGACCAUGAACCAAGCGCUCAUGGCCAGUAAAGCAAAGAGUGUAGCGGCAGGGUCUGGGGAAUCCUCCCGGCCUGUCACUGAGAUCCCAAGCCAGAAGCUAUCGCAAUGCCAUGCAUGCCCGCAUCAUCGCGGUCGGUCUGUUCAUGUCCGUGCUGAUGAUCAACUGGUGCCAGGUGACAGAUACUAUGAAGAAGAUCUGGAAGGCAGGCGCUUCAUCCUGGAAUUCGCCGUCGAGGGAGACAUGCGACAUGCCAUCCGCGGAGGUCCCUGGAGAUACAGGGGCGAUGCCUUCCUCGUCACCAAGCUGGAGGUCCAGUUCCACAAAAUCCCCAUCUACCUGCUCUCCAAGAAUCUCGCUAAACAGCUGGGCGAGAAGGUGGGUGAUGUCCUCCUGGUGGAUGUCAGCUCUCAUGGAAAUGUCAGCCAGAAAUUCAUCAGAGCAAGAGUUCUUCUGCCACUGCAUGCUGCUCUUCAAAAGUCGAUCACCCUGACCGAUGAGGAGAUGGAGGAGGAAGUGGUGACACAACUUUGCCCAAAAGCAGAAUGCAGAACCAAAGACAAAUUCUCAAGAAAGGAAGUCAACAGGGAAGAAGAAAAUGAGGAAGGAGGUGGUUCGAAGCUACUGGGCUCGGGGCUCCCCAUCAACCGACAGUGCAAUGAUAGCGCUGUCAGCGCCAUGAGUAUUCUAAGUCGGAACUGCUUGGGUGGGCCGACCACGGACAGCUUCAGAACUUGCCUCGCCUAG